AUGCGGAGCUACGCAGACGAUGGCGGACAAGUCCGUUUUGGCUGUGCGGCCGCAUUCCUCGAGUACCCUCACAUCCGCCAGCGAUGCACGAUAGAGGUGAGCGACUACUCGACGACACGCGCGGGCUCUGCGUGGAUGGACGACGGCGAGUUCCUCAAGUUCCUCGGGGAUGAGGGCGAGCGCGGGGCAAGCGGGGCGCGGGAGCCGUGGGUGCGGGUGCGGUGGAUCUAUGUCGGGGGCAUCAGCUGGGAGGUCAACGGCGCGGUCGCGCACAAGUAUGGCCUGCACCCGCUCGCGCUCGAGGACGUCCUCCAUCAGCACGCCCCCCCUACCCCCUCCAUGGCUGACUACCGCCUCUUCAUCCGCAUCCUCGUUCACACCCUCGCCUCCUCCGCAUUCUCCUCCUUCUCGGAUGAUCGCGCCCCCGAGAGCACCUCUUCCGCGGACAUGUUUUCUGGUAUAAUGCGUUCAGAUUUCCCGGCUCAGAUCGACGGCGAGGAAGAGGCCGACACACAACAAGAGUCCUGGCGUCAUCGAAAUAAUCUCAAGCACCAUUAA